AGAAAAUGUGUUUUUUUGUAGUUUUCAAAGAGAAUAUUCUUUGAGUUUUUUUACCCUUUACAAAAAGAAUUUAAAAAAAUUAAUUUUGGAAAAUAUAUUUAGAUUUUUUUUUAAAAUAGAAAAAUAAAUGGAUAAUUCAUCAUUGGGAGCUGGAAUUUUUGCUGUUUUUGCAGUUUCUGGAGGUGUUGUCCUUCUUGCAUCUAAAGUUCAUAAACACCUCCUUUCUGAUUUCAUGAAGAAGAUUGAGUUUGAAAUUAGCCUAGAGAAAGACCAACAAAAGAAGAAGGUGAGGUUUUCCAAUGAAGUUAUAAAAUUGGGGCCUCAAUUAGAGAAAGUUGAAGAUCAUAAUAAUCCAAAGAAAAGGAAUAAUCCAAAGGACUUUGAAUCUAUGCCUUUGAAUUGGCAAGUUCUUUACAAAGGGAUCCUUCAACACAAGUCCCUCAAACAUUACAACUAAAUUCAAUUUUCAAUUUUUGUAAUAUUAUUAUUAUUAUUUAAAAAUUGUGUUUUAUGUGAGUCUCACAAAAUUUUAGAAUUUAUUUAUGUAAAUUUUUAAGGUAAAUAAAGGAAAAAAUACACAAGUAUCCCCUAGAUUAUGACUGAAAUUUUAGAGACACGUCUUAAUUAAAUUAAGGUUCUGUUACCCCCUGAAUUUUUUAUUUUUUUUGUGAUUUGUGCACCUUUUGGCUUACAUGACAUCCAAAUAUUUUCCACGCGCCUCAAUUGUAUGGAGUAAUAAAGUGUGCCACGUAAGACAAAAGGUGUACAAAAUUAAAAAAAAAAAGUUCAGGAAGGUGAUAGGAACUUAGUUUAAUUAAGAUGUGUCUCUAUAAUUUCGAUCAUAAUCUAGGAGGAUACUUGUGUAUUUUUCCUAAAUAAUUAGUUGAAGUUUCUUUGUUUCUUAUUUAUUUUUAUUUGAUAAUGUUUUAGUCCCUCUUGCUCUUCUAGAAGAAGAAGAAGGAAGCUAUGUCUGAAUAAAUAAAUUAGAAGAUGAAAGACUUUUUUUAUUUUA